GGGAAGGAUGGACUGUAACAUUGAAUCAAUUACAGGUUGCUCUUGCAGAGGCGCAUUUGUGUGAGUGGCCGUGGAGCAGGACGGAGGAGCACAGCACAAGGGAGAGGAUUACUACUGCUUUACAACUGAGGACCCUUGGACUGAUUAGAGUAUUUUACAAGAGCUUUGCCAUUCAUUUUGGCUGUUCUUUUAUCAAAGGGAACAACCAAAAGGGAUUAAAAGCUGAGCACAAUCUAAGUGACCAUGGGAUUCCUGGAGACACAUCUCGUUUUGGGGAUUGUCUUACUAGGGGUGUUUUCAGAUGUUUCAAGACCUUGGCCAGUUAUUAAUUCAGACAAAGAGGAAUUUAUUCUGACACCUCACUCAGAGUUCAACAUCACUUGCUCCGGAGUAAGCAGAGUAAGAUGGCUCGAGCCAUUACCGCCCAACAGUGAAGUGCAUUCCGGCUUUAAUCACAGUACUUUGGUGAUCACUGACGUUGUGGCCUUAAACACGCGUUCCUACUUCUGUGCAUGUGUGGAUCAACCUGAAAACUACACUGAUAUCUACAUUUUUGUUCCAGAUCCUGAGGUUCCAUUCGUGUCUGAACCUAUUUUUGAGACAGACGAUCUGGUCGUAACUAUCCCCUGCCUCGCUACAAACCCAAAUUCUCAAGUGAUUCUCAGAGACCUGCAGAGUGGGAAUGAGGUUUCUCUGUUAUACGACCACAAAAUGGGCUUUUUCGGCAUAUUAUCACCAGGCCAAUACGUUUGCGAGACGAGCGUGAAUGGCAAAGCAGUUCAGAGCAGCGUUUAUACUGUGACAGAUGACACAGAUGACGAUGAUGAAGAUCAGGAAUGGAAUAUAAAUGAAGAAGAAGCGCAGGGCUUCUACAUACAACUAAGAGCCAGUAUGGAGGAUGUGAAAGAUGGGGACUCUGUCAAUCUCACCUGCGAGACCCCUCCUGGGAAGGAUUUCCGCCAGCAGUGGCUGCAUCCCCAAAAACAGGCCAGAGAGGCUGUUCCGAUAAAGUUAGCUUUCCCAGACAAGGUUCAGUACAUCCUCAAAAUUCCAAAAGCCUCUGUGGCAGACACUGGACUCUAUGAGUGUGCUGUAACUGACCAAUCCACUGGACAAACCAAGUCCAUCAGCCUGGGGAUCACAGUCCACGAGAGCUCUUUUGUGGAAGUAAUAUCUAAUGGUAUCGGGCCAGUGGAGGUUACGUCUCUUCUGGACGAAAAAGAGUUCACCAUUUACAUUGAUGCUGACCCUGAGCCAAAGGUCAGGUGGUUUAAAAAUGGCAUUCUGCUGGAUGACCGCUACAUCUCCACCAAAACCACUCAUCUGAGUGGCCUCAGGUAUGAGAAUAUUCUGGUCCUCCACCACCCCAUAGAGGAGGACAGUGGCAUCUAUGAGGUUGUUGCGUCGACUGGCUCCAGGACUUCAAAAUUUGCAUUCAAACUGCUGGUUGAAGCCAUGUACCCAGUGCUGCCACAGUCAGUGCUGGCUCCAGUGAUGUGGCCCCAGAGGGAGAGCAUGGAGGUGUCUCUCCACUCAACUUUCCGACUCACGUGUCGAGGUCAGGCCGAACUCGCUUGGCGCAGCCCUGUUUAUCUUCAUGAUCAGACCAACUCUGAAAAGAAAGGACUCUUCAUCUCCACUGUGACUAUUGACAAUGCGACAGCCGCUCAUACAGGAGAAUACAUCUGCUACUAUGAGUUCAGCAACAACACUGAAGAGACUAUCAUCUACAUUUAUGUGCCAGAUCCACAAACGCCGUUUGUACCAUCCAUGGCCCCUUUUGAAAACCAUGUGCUGACGAGUCAUGAUGAAAUGGAGAUUCCGUGCCGCGUGACAGACCCCAGCACCAGUGUCUCUCUGAUUCACAUUGACACCGAUCAGGUUCUGCCCAGCGUCUAUGACAGCAAGAGAGGUUUCGUUGGCCUCUUCGGCGCUGGGACAUAUGUCUGCAGGGCCCUCAUUAAUGGACAGGAGCAUGACAGCAUACAAUACAUUGUUCACGGCUGGACAGGAGGGUCUGAUUUGAGAGUCGAGCUACGAGCAGAGAAGAAGGCUCUUCUGGUGGGUGAGACCAUCACUGUUGACUGUGUGGCCAGAGGCAGUGAGAUGUUGGAGGACCACUGGAAAUACCCUGGGAAACUGGCGGAUCGAGGAGUAAAGACCGUAAAGGAGAAUAAGCGAGAUCUUGAGAUCCAUUAUACUCUGACAGUGUCUAAUGCCUCACCGAAAGACAGCGGCGUCUACGUCUGCUCCAUCACUGACAUUAUGAGCAACGAGAGCCAAACCAAACAUCUCACUAUUACAGUCUAUGAUCAUGAGUUUGUGCACCUAAAUCCAGUGAUUGGUCCGGUGGAGACUGCUAGGCUGGAUGAGGUGCGAGAGUUCAGGGUGGACAUAGAGUCCUUCCCUGCCCCCAAAGUCACAUGGUUAAAGGAUGGCUCCAUCCUGGGAGAUGUUGCUGCAGAGAUCAGCUCCAACCUCCAGAAAAUCGGCGAGACCAGUUACCAGGGUGUGUUGACCCUGAUCAGGGCUAAAGCGGAGGACAGUGGGAACUAUACCAUCAGGGCAGAAAUAGGCAACCUGACUACCAGCUACAAUUACUACCUUCAGGUUAAAGUUCCCCCUGUGAUUGUGGACCUGAUGGACAUUCACCAUGGCUCUGCUGCAGGUCAGGAAGUGGUGUGCACUGUUGGCGGCUCCCCGGCCCCUGACGUGGACUGGUAUAUCUGCAAAAACAUUAAACACUGUGCCAACGAUUCCUCCCAGUGGAUGCCGCUUCCGAUCAACUCUACGGACAUCACUGUGGAAUUUCAAAUGAAUGUGGACAACCACAUUGAGAGUCACCUCAUUUUCCACCAUCUUGAGAGCACGAUUGCUGUGCGCUGUCUGGCCAGGAAUGACAUUGGUGCCGUUUCACGGGAGUUAAAGCUGGUGUGUUCAGGUCCGCACUCGGAGCUCACUGUGGCUGCUGCUGUUCUGGUGCUGCUGGUCAUUGUCGUCAUCUCACUCAUUGUGCUGGUCAUUAUCUGGAAACAGAAACCACGUUACGAGAUCAGAUGGCGUGUGAUUGAAUCGGUCAGUCCGGAUGGUCACGAAUACAUAUAUGUCGAUCCCAUGCAGCUUCCAUAUGACUCCCGCUGGGAGUUCUCUCGGGAUAGCCUUGUUCUGGGCCGUGUCCUGGGCUCAGGAGCAUUUGGGAAAGUGGUGGAGGGCACUGCUUAUGGACUUAGUCGUUCUCAACCUGUGAUGAAAGUGGCAGUAAAAAUGCUUAAACCGACAGCACGCUCCAGUGAGAAACAGGCUUUGAUGUCAGAGCUGAAAAUUAUGACCCACCUGGGCCCUCACCUAAACAUCGUCAAUCUUCUGGGAGCGUGCACUAAAUCAGGACCAAUCUACAUUAUCACAGAGUAUUGUUUCUAUGGAGACCUGGUGAAUUACCUGCAUAAGAACAGAGAUGGUUUUCUCAGCCGCCACACAGAAAAGGGCAAGAAAGAUCUAGACAUCUUUGGCAUCAACCCAGCCGAUGAGAGUAGCAGGAGCUACGUCAUCCUGUCUUUUGAGGGGAAAGGUGAUUAUAUGGACAUGAAGCAGGCAGACACCAUGCAAUACGUCCCCAUGCUGGAAAUGAGUGAAGCUUCAAAAUACUCUCCCAUCCAGAGAUCAGACUACGACCAUCCUCCCUCUCACAGACAGUUAAAUGACAGUGAAGUUGAGAACCUUCUCUCAGAUGACACCAAUGAAGGCCUGACGACAGUGGACCUCCUCAGUUUCACCUAUCAGGUGGCUCGAGGGAUGGAGUUUUUGGCCUCUAAGAACUGUGUACACAGAGACUUGGCUGCACGUAAUGUCCUGCUGUCUCAAGGCAAGAUAGUGAAGAUCUGUGACUUUGGGCUGGCCAGAGACAUCAUGCACGAUAACAACUAUGUCUCCAAAGGAAGUACCUUCCUUCCAGUGAAGUGGAUGGCCCCUGAGAGUAUUUUUGACAACCUUUACACUACACUCAGUGACGUCUGGUCUUAUGGCAUCUUAUUAUGGGAGAUAUUCUCUCUUGGAGGGACGCCUUAUCCUGGUAUGGUUGUGGAUUCCAGCUUCUACAACAAGAUCAAGAGCGGAUACCGGAUGGCGAAACCCGAGCAUGCUUCCAGUGAUGUCUAUGAGCUUAUGAUGAAGUGUUGGAACAGUGAACCAGAGAAGAGACCGUCUUUCCACUGCCUGAGUGAUAUGGUGGCCUCUCUGCUGCCCUCAGGAUAUAAGAGGUGUUAUGAACGCGUGAAUCAUGACUUCCUGAAGAGCGAUCAUCCUGCUGUGACUCGGGUGCAGUGUAUUGACAGUGAUGAUGAUGCAUACAUGGGCGUGCUCUACAAGAACCAGGGCAAACUGAAGGACCGCGAGAGCGGCUUUGAUGAACAAAGACUCAGCUCUGACAGCGGUUACAUCAUUCCUCUGCCGGACCUCGACCCGCUGUCAAAUGAAGACUACAGCAAGAGGAAUCGCCAUAGCUCUCAGACGUCAGAGGAAAGCGCAAUAGAGACAGGCUCUAGCAGCUCCAUGACCAAGCGUGAAGGAGAGACCCUGGAGGACAUCACCUUGCUGGACGAGAUGUGCUUGGACUCAGGAGACCUGGUGGAGGACAGUUUCCUGUAAGAGAAAGAUGCAAAGAGAGAGAGAAAGACAUCUUCAGACAAACAUUCCUCUGAUUCAUUACAAGUUCAUGGAUCUCUCUCUGCAUCCUUCCAUCAUAUUUUCCUCACUACACUCUCCUGGAGCCUUCAGAAGAAGAAAAAAAAAAAACUUUGAUGCGUGAAUGUCAUUGAUGUUUUUGGAUUAGACAUCGCCCUCUACAGGUCUGGAGGAAUGAGCAGUGCACCACAGGACUUUAUGAGCUCUCUUGAUGAGACUCAGUAAGUGGUUAAGUGACUCAAAUGAAGCUAAGACCAAUGAAAAGGGGAAGUGGAGUAGAUAUUUGUUUCUGUAUAUCAUUUCACUUAUGUUUGUAAUGUGAUUGUGUUUGUUUGUGCGUGUGUCAGUGAAUUAUAUGAUCUUUAUUUUGACGGGCAUUCCGAUCAGCAAUAUAAGCAUGUCAUUUAAAAUUAUAUCAGUGACCUGGUGGUUUCACAACUGCUACCUUUCAAAUGAAUCCAUCUGAGCUACAAAAAACCACUAUAAACAUUUAAAAGUGCAAUGUGUAAAUUUUAGGAGGAUCUAUUGACAGAAUUGCAAUAUAAUAUACAUAACUAUGUUUUCAGUGGUGUAUAACGACCUUACAUAAUGAACCGUUAUGUUUUUUUAUUACCUUAGAAUGAGCCAUUUCUAUCUACAUACACCGCGCCGGCAUGUUUCUACAGUAGCCCUAAAUGGACAAACAGAGCACGUUUGCUUGACUAGCUACUCUCUGCUGUCUCAAACGAUGACUUCUUUGUCCUGUGCUGGCCACCAUAGCUUCUCAAUAUUGCAAUUCACAACCUCACCGCUAGAUGUCGCUAACAUUUACACACUGCACCUUUAAAAAACAGCAUAACUGAGUCAACGUUCACCUAUUUUGAAUCAGGACUGUUUUUUCCUCUCACUCCCACAGGACCUUAUGUAAUUUGAGGAGCAGUACACCAACUAAACAGCACAAACCCUAUAAGACAUAGGUUUAAUGUAACUGAUCAUAUAUUGUCAAUGUCUCAAUAAGUGUGGCAGUUUGAAUUUUAUUUUUGUACUGUUUGGAUAGUAUGGAUAUAUUAUUUGUGAAUACUGGGUUUGGAAAUGAUGUAAUCCUAAAUGAAGAAAAUGGCAACUGUGUUUUGACCUGCGAGUCACACGUAUUUUUGUGACAUCAACCUUUAUAAGAUGCUGAUAUGACACUAUUUAUGACAUCUUUAUGUGUGGCCAAAGUUUUUACCUAACUGAAGUGAAGAAUUUUCUGAUUUCUUAACUAGUAUGUUAGUCUGAGGCAUUAUAUUCAAAGCUAAUCUCUUUAAAAAGAUUAUCCAAAUGAAAUGGCUUAUCUCAUGAAGUUUCACAUCAUCUUUUUGGGCUUUUACCUAGAUUUGAAGCUUGUACUGCAGUAUAGUAAUGAGGAAAGACUUUGUGAAUCAGUGAAAUCAUGUUGUUACAUUUUCAGUUUUCUCGGGUUCUGCUCCAAGUUCUACCUUCUUGUUAAUUGGAUUUCAUAUCAACCAAAGGGAAACAGAGAUAAUCAUGCCCUGCCAGAAGUGCUAGUUUGCUGCUUGUGAAGAUUUGUGUGUCCCCCCCCCAAGAACAAAGCAAUUGAAAAUCAUAGUGUAGAUUUACACAUAGCCAAAUCCUGUAGUCUUGAAGCAUCUUAGAGACACGUCAUUUAGAUUUUCUACUUUGAUGUUAUACAUCACUGUUUGUUGUAAAUGUGUAUCAUUGUAUAACAGGACUUCAGCAUAUCACUGCCUGCCCCAUCUUCACCCUCUACUGUGGCAUGUCGAGAGGAGAGAGAUAUAUAUUAAAAAAAAAAAAACUGUUGCACUUUUUAAAACUCUUCUUUUGAAAAUUUUAUUCUAGCAUUUCUUAUUCUGCUUUUAGUGUGUGUGAGUGUGUAGACGUUCAAAAUUUGUCUAUGCUGAAAAAGGAAGGCAAAUGAUUCUUAAAGAGACAGUAGAGUGAAUGUUCUUGUGCAGGAAGAGGGGAAACAAGGGAGAGGUAUGAAGUAUAUUCUAUGGUACAAUAUGUGUAAUUCUAGGUAGUUAUUCCCUUUAACAGAUGUUAUUCUUUUGCUAUAAUAUGCAUUAUGACCAUGUACAUUCAAAAGAUUUAUAUUUCAAUAAAUGAGAUUUAAUUGA